AUGUCCACUUUUCAUCCCUUCCCGCGCCUUCCACAGGAGCUUCGCGCUCACAUCUGGAGCCUAGCAGCUCAUCCUCGGCUUGUUCAUGUGCGCUGGAAGACAAAUUUGUCUGAAGCUGUGGAAAAGGUACAUGUAGUCACACCAACGCCAUGCCCGCCGGUGAUGCACGUCUGUCGCGAGUCUCGACAACACGCGCCGUAUCGCCGGGCCUUCACAAUUGGUUCUGAGCUACGUUAUGUCUGGGUCAACUUUGAGACAGACAUGAUCUGCCUGCAAGAAUUUUACCUAAAGCAUCUUGAAUCGCAUAAGCUGGACAUACAGCGGCUCAGGAUUACUGCUAAGCACGGCUGGGAGAAGAUAAAAUUCAUCUACAACUCCAGUGGACUAAUCUUGAAUGGCUAUCAGCUUUGGGCGGUGACUGAUUGGGGUACAUACCAUUCGUGGGAUGGUAAAGGAAAGAUAAAAGAUAUAAACAAUCUUAGGGAAGAGAUUGAGCUUGCAACUGAUGAUACUCAUCUGAGUCUGUCAUUUAUCAGGAGUGUAGAAUAA